AUGGCUACACGUUUCAGAAUAGCUGAAGGUGACAGAUUUCCCAAUCAAGUAACCAGCUUGGCCCACAUUGCCAAUGCAAACAAGAUUGUCAAAGAGAAGCUCACGCCAACGCACUUGGCCAUGUUCAAGAGAACAAUUUUUGGGCGAUUUGUUAACGUUGAUAUGGUGUUCAACAGCCCUCCAUCACAUGUUGCUCAGAGAAGUGAAGAGGACAACUUUUUUGCCCAGCUUGCAAUAGCAGGGGCAAUGCCCCUGCCUUAUUUUGCAGCCACGCCGGCUGUUGUGGCUUCUGGUCUUCUUAUAAACUUUAUGAAUUACUUUAAUGUUCUUUCUAUACAAAUCUUGAAAUUUUGGGAAGACUUUAUCACUGUUGGUGGAUUUUCUAUUCUCCCCCAGGUUAUGUGGUCUACUUUUGUUCCAUUCAUACCGAAUAGUAUCUUGCCUGGAGUAACUGCUUUGGUUGCAGCACUGCUAGCAGUUGCUUUGGCACGAGCAGGAAAACUUCUUGAGAAAGGUGUGAAAGUUGUUGGAGCAUUAUCAGGAUGGACAGCAACCCUCCUCUUUAUGUGGAUGCCUGUUUCGCAAAUGGUAUUUAUCCUGUUUGAACUCUUAGAAUGA